AUGGAAAACUUGAGCAUUGAAGCUAAUGAAGUAAACUUGGACGACGAUGAUUUGAUAUAUACUCCUCAAGUAUCAGAUGAGUUGAGGCCAAAAAAGGGGCAAGAAUUUGACACAAUAGAUGAUGUUGUGACAUUCUAUAAUGCUUAUGCUAAAGCAGCUGGGUUUAGUGUAAGGUCUUGGAGUACUCAGAAAGAGCCGGGAAGUUGUGAAAUAAGAAGGAAGGAGUAUGUUUGUUUUAAACAAGGAAAAUCUCUACAAAUCGCGGAUGUUGGAAAGAAAAGACGUCGAGGAAGCUUAGCUGAGGAUUGUACUGCUAAAAUUGCAGUUUUAAAAUCAAGCUCCGGAAAAUACAUUGUUACUGUUUUUAAUGAGGAGCACAGUCACCCGCUAUCAACACCAUCAAAGGUUCAUCUUUUGAGGUCCCAUCGUAACGUUUCAGCUACAACAAAAUCUUUAACUAAACAGCUCUCCUUGGCGAAUAUACCUCAGCAUCAACAAUUUAGUUUUCUUGGAGUACAAUCUGGAGGUAUAGAAAAUAUUGGGUGCACGCAAAGAGAUUUGUAUAAUCAUGAAAGGGAUAUACGUGCUGAUAUGAAGGGGCAUGAUGGAGAAAUGUUUUAUGAGUAUUUAAAAUUGGAACAAGGAAAGAAUCCCUCAUUUACUUUUCAAAUUGAGGCCGAUGAGGAACAAAAGAUUACUCGUUGUUUUUGGUCCGAUGCAAGAUCAAGACGGGCUUACAAUUUUUUCGGUGAUGUUGUAAUCUUUGAUACUACUUAUAACACUAAUCGCUAUGGCCUUAUAUUUGCACCAACAAUGGGGGUUAACAAUCAUGGUCAAACAAUUGUUUUUGCUUGUGGAUUUUUGAAUCAUGAGAGCGUUGAUGAUUUUGUAUGGUUAUUUAAAAAAAUUUUGGAAAGUAUGCCUGGUGGUGCCCCGAAGAUGAUUAUUACCGAUCAAGACCCAGCUAUGACUAAGGCAUUCCCUCUUGUUCUUCCAAAUACUUUUCAUAGGUAUUGUAGUUGGCAUAUAUUAAUGAAGUUUUCUGAGAAAAUUGAUGCAGUGAAGUAUAGUAUUUAUAAAAGUGAGUUCUCGGCUUGCAUUUGGAAAUCAGAGACUCCUGAAGAAUUUGAUUCACAAUGGGAAAGUCUGAUUAAGAAAAGUGGGUUAGAAGGAAACAAGUGGUUGCAAGACCAAUAUGAACUUCGGUCAAGAUGGAUUCCUGCAUAUGUUAAUCACAUUUUCUCAGCAGACAUGUCAAGUAGUCAACGAGCAGAAAGUGGACAUGCAUUCUUUAAGAAAUUUGUUUCGAAGAAUAAUUCAUUGGUUGAUUUUAUGAUACAGUUUGGCAGGGGAUUAGUGCGCCAACGACCUGAGGAGUUGAUGGCCGAUCACAAAGAUGUAAUUGAGAAACCUAAACUUAGAAUAAAUCAUUCCCUCAACCAUUAUUCAGAGAAAGACAUCAGUUAG